CCCCAAAUCGAGGAGGGGGGUGGGGGGCGCGAUCCGAGCUCGUUUGCCCGCCCGAGUGACCGCGUGUCCUUUGGUUCCUCGCAGGGACUUCCUCCCCCGCGGCUCCGGCAUCGUCACCCGGCGGCCUCUCAUCCUGCAGCUCAUCUUCUCCAAGACAGAAUAUGCUGAGUUUUUGCACUGCAAAUCCAAAAAGUUCACGGACUUCGACGAGGUGCGGCAGGAGAUCGAAGCGGAGACCGACCGGGUGACGGGCACCAACAAAGGCAUCUCCCCCAUCCCCAUCAACCUCCGCGUCUACUCGCCGCACGUGCUGAACCUGACGCUGAUCGACCUGCCGGGGAUCACCAAGGUGCCGGUGGGGGACCAGCCGCAGGACAUCGAGUACCAGAUCAAGGACAUGAUCCUGCAGUUCAUCAGCAGGGAGAGCAGCCUGAUCCUCGCCGUCACGCCCGCCAACAUGGACCUGGCCAACUCGGACGCGCUCAAGAUGGCCAAAGAAGUGGAUCCCCAAGGCUUGCGGACGAUCGGGGUGAUCACCAAGCUGGACCUGAUGGAUGAAGGCACGGACGCCAGGGACGUGCUGGAGAACAAGCUGCUCCCUCUGCGACGGGGCUACAUCGGCGUCGUCAACCGCAGCCAGAAGGACAUCGAUGGCAAGAAGGACAUCCGGGCGGCGCUGGCGGCCGAGCGCAAGUUCUUCCUCUCCCACCCCGCCUACCGCCACAUGGCCGACCGCAUGGGCACCCCCCACCUGCAGAAGGUCCUCAACCAGGUGGGGAGGGGGCUUCCCCCCACCCUCAACGGGGGCUGGGGGGGCUCCCGCACGCAGGAGCUGCGGUUCCCUUCCCUCUGCGGUUCCCUUCCCUCUGCGGUUCCCUUCCCUCUGCGGUUCCCUUCCCGUGUGCGGGAGCUGCGGUUCCGCUUUGGGGAGCAGGGAGGAGGUGGAG